UAGUGGGAGCAGGCAACGAGAUGGUUUAGUGUACAGGAACGCCUUGACACGAGAGGAGGCUUGUUGAGGGUGUCCGUGUGAUAGUAAGAGCAGAAGGAAGUGCUGGCAAGGUGACAGAAGAGAGGCAACGUGCAAGACAUGGGUUCCGGAAGAGGCUGGAGUGUUCUGGUGGUGGCGGCGGCGGUGGUGGCGGCUGCCCUGGGCCACACCCUGCACCUGGGACGCACCUGCCCGGAGGUCAUGCCCUUCCCUAAUCUCUCCGUUGAUAAGAUUCUGGGGACCUGGUACGUACUGCAAAAGUUCGACACGGACAACACGUGCCUGGUGUGGAACAUGACCAAGGGGCCUUUGCCGGACACGCUGCUGGUGACCGAGACUCGCCAGCUGGCCUUCCUGGACACGCUGGGGGUCGACCACACCCACGCCAUCACCGCCCGCGUGGACAUCCCCAACCCCGAGGUGCCCGGCAAGAUGAGGAUCCGCUGGCCCACGUCAGCUUGGACGGGCUCGGCGGACUUCAUCGUCUUCGACACGGACUACGAGACCUACAUGGCGGUGUUCGAGUGUGACCGCGCGGGGCUCUUCCACCGGCGGUCCGUGGCCAUCCUCUCCCGCACGCAGACCAUCGACAUCAUGUUUGUGAAUAGGGUCCGCCGCCUUCUGGACGCCGCAGCGGUCGGUCACUCUGCCCUGGAAUCCAUCGACCACGACCUAUGCAGAACCAAGGGGAAGAAAAACUGGCAUGUGGACGAGGAAUUGUUUGGCCUCCUGCCGGGGUUGACGGCGGAGGAGGUGCGGCGGCGCGUGUCUCAGGACGUGCAGAACUACGACAUCUCGCAGCUGGAGAUCAUUGGGGACGGCGUAGUGCCCGAGGGUGGCGAGCCCGCGGGAAGCCUCAGGGUGGACGCGGGGAAGCCUGGCGUGUGAGAAGGAAGAAAGGAUGAGUGUGUCCGAGGAGUCUAGAGGGUUGGGUUAGGGCUAGGGGCCACUUUCACAGUUCGCCAUGAUGGAAAUUAGUAAGCCUUCAAACCAGUACCAAAGACUUCGAAAAUUCCUUACGUAGCGUUUUGCUUUCAUGUUUAAGUUCAGGAAUUUGAGGAAACGAUACACGGGAUAUCUCUUGUGUAUAAUUAUGAUCUUGUAUCGAAAAACUAAGAGUGAACAGAUUGGUUAGGGCGAUUAUAAAGCAACUGUGUUGGUCUGUGAAAUCGUCUCUGGAAUCCCUGUUUGCGCUUCUCUUUGGGACCCUCACAUGAGCCUUUCAGUCACAAGGUUGCAAUGCCACUACACGGAUCGACUAUAUUGACACAGUGCCAGCAAUGGGUUCUAUUGAGAGUUAUCUGUUUUUCGAAUGAUCCAAAACCCAAAACCCAAUUACAUACUAACAUACAUACAUACUAACUUGGGACGUAUCAUACAUUGGUCAGUUUUCGGCACUACAAUUUUCUCGCUUAAUUAGGAAUUAGCGUUUGCGGCCUUGUGACGCUACAGGGCUUGCUUUACAGACAGGGAAGGAUACUACACACACAAAAUGGUGAUUUAUUGAUCGACUGGAAGAAGAAUAAUGAAGGAAAAGGGAAGUGAUUGCAGACCCAAUAAGAGGCCAUAAAGAUGCAAGAAUAAGCAGCCUAGCUUCCCUACCGAGCAGUUGUUGAAUAAAAUUCUUUAUUAAACGAAAUCGUGUAUGUAAAAAGAUACAGAUAAAUGUUUGGGUUGUAGUCAUGAUAAAAUGCGAUAAAAUACGGAAGCUACGAACUUGACUCGCUUGUUUUAUAUAAACACACACACACAAAGGCGAUAUUUUUGCACAUAAAACUCUCCAGCAAAUACUAAAGCAGUCUUUUGUCUUUUAAAGAAUAAAUUUGUUUAAUAAAUUGACCAGCAACACAUGGAAUCUAUACAUGUGGCCUGAAAAGUGCUGCUGCUCUGGUCUGAGAGCAGCAUCUAGGGAAAAUAAAUUUAUCUUGAUGUACGUGAAUUGGUCAGAACAAAUACGCCUCAGAGGCUGAGUAGAAAAGAAGGUUUGAGAGAAGGGCCUUAAAAAGUUAACAAUACUCCUUAGAAUAAGGAAAAACACUUCUGUCUUGAUGCAGAUAAAUGAAAGUGAGAGGCAAGGGCUGUCACUGUGUAGAGGAGUAGAUAAGGUGUUAUCAAGCCACAAGGAGAGACAACCCUCAGGGACACGGGCGGUUAGUGACUGUCUUGCUUGGUGACACUAUUGCAUAUUAGUGAUAUCUUAACACUAGACAGGAAACACCAUAAAGAGGUACGGUACAUCAUAUAUGUGAAACAGAUGGGAUUUGGGAAAGGAUGGGAAGUGGAGAAAGGGAAAAUGUGAGGUAUAGGACCAUAAAACUAUAUUGAUAGUGGAAGAUAUUGAAGGUGGAGUAACAUGCACUGCCCUUUGUAUUACCUGUUUGAUUGUGUUUAGUCUUGUAGCUGUGUGUUAUUUGUGGCUAUGUGGAAGUGUCCUAACUGUGGUAAAGCUAUCAAAAGAUGACUGAAGGCAGUGCAUUAUUUUUUGCUGUUGAUUAAUGUAUCCAGGAUUAUUGUUCUCAUUAGGUUAUUAUUUCUUAGUUCAGGGAAAAAUAGAUAAUUGGAUGACUUUCUUGUCGAAAUGUUCACUAUGAAAAAAUAUUUGUUGAUGUUAAUUAAUAAAUGUUCCAAAAAAUG